GUUGUUUGACACUGUUCUAACUUCGAACACCUAAUUUUCUCUCUUUAUCCAUUUCGAACCAAACCAAAUAAAAAUAAAAGUCUAAACUUUGGAAACCCCCAAGAAAAAAACUGAACAGCAUCUAUAGCUGUGCAAGAAUCUCAAGAAACCUUAUUGCUACAACAACCGCAAUCGCCCUCAGUUUUUUGAGCUCUCAAAUGGGUCUUCUCAACUUUGCCAUGCAGUGUUUUGUUGAACAAGAAUUCGUAAUCACAGGAAAGAAACCAAGAAAUUGAGAUAAUAUUGGGUUAGGUGGGUUGGAGAGUAAUUUAAGGCUAUGUUUUUGGGACAUGUGAUUGAAAGCAGGAUCAGACUUAAGAAACUUUGAGGUCUGUUUUUUGGGCCUCCCAAAAUUAUAGAGCUUUGGUAAUUGGCUACUACUGAUAAGAAUGAAUGUGGUGGGCAAAGUUGGAAGCUUGAUAACCCAAGGUGUCUAUUCAGUUGCUACCCCUUUUCACCCCUUUGGUGGGGCUGUUGAUGUCAUUGUUGUUCGGCAGCAAGAUGGCACGUUCCGGUGCACGCCAUGGUAUGUUCGGUUUGGUAAGUUUCAAGGUGUUCUCAAAGGUGCUGAAAAGAUUGUUCGGAUAAAAGUCAACGGGGUUGAAGCAAACUUCCACAUGUAUCUUGACAAUUCAGGGGAGGCUUAUUUUGUAAAAGAGGUGGAUGAUGAUGGCGACAAUAAAGGAAUAAAGUCAAAUGGUGCUCCUGAAGCUGCUGAUAACUCUGAAUUUAGUAAAGAAGGCGGUAGUGUUGAAAUUGAUAAAAAUAGUAAAAUUUAUCUUGGUAUGGAUGCUACACUUGAUUAUCGACUUGACCAUAGCAUAUCCGAUUCAGGGGUGCUUCAGUUUACUGGCGAAGGCCGCUCCUCGGUUUUGCCGCCACUUCAAAGGGAAGAAUCUGAUGUUGAUAGGAAAUUUUUUGAAUUCCAAGAUGAUCAAUCCUCUUUUGAAGGUUCACUUGAGGUUACAGAAUAUGAAUCUAGUCGAUAUGAGAAUCUAGAUGUGGAGAAUUUGGUGGAUUCACAGGGUUCCCAGCCAGAGGUGGUCUUGGUGAGUGUUGAUGGUCAUGUAUUGACAGCCCCUAUCCUAGAAUCAGAAGAGAAGAAUGAGGAAAAUUUGAAAUUAAAAACUCCUCAAUUUCACCUAGGCCCAGGUGAAGGGACUGGCUUCUAUGAGGGCAAUAGGGAAUUUAUUUCCGAUGAAAAUGCUUGGGCUGUUGAUUAUGUUAGUCAGCGGGAUGCUUCGAGAGUUGAUGUUCCAGCUAGUAGCUAUGACACUGAGGUUGGUGACACUGAUGAUACUACUGCUCUCCUGUUGGAAGCUCAAAGGGAGGAAGAGGAAAAUUUUAGUCCCACAGAAGAAACCUUGCUGAUUAAAAAUCAAGAAGAUCGUCAUUUGCAAACUGAUUCAGAUGAGGUUCUAUCUUGUAUGAAGAGAGAGAGUGUUUUCAAAAGUUGUUUGGAAUUACACGAGUUUGCUCAGCAGGCUGGAAAUGCUGAUUUACAAGAUGUAGGUUACACAUUAGAGUCUCAAAAUUCAGCAGAGGUAUCGAAUGAAAAUUGUUCAAUUAUUAAUGAAAAUGAACAAGAAAACAUCAAACAAUGUAGAAACAAUGACGAGUUAUCUCCUCUUAGUGGGCCUACUUCCUUGGUUGAUCAUAAUUCUUUAGAAUUAGAAGUAGAACUUCAAGAGGUUGAUAAAGAUGCAUCAGGGGAGGUUGACACUGAUUCUGGCACUAAGGAUAUUGAAUGUAAUGAUGAACAUGUUGCAGAGUCAGUAUCAAAUGAUAAGGUAAAUGAUAGUCAACAAACCCAUGCACUUGAAGAUGCUUGUAAGAAAUGUGAACUAACUGAACCUCAAAUAGAAAUUUCCAAUGAGGAGGCCCAAAGUCGUUCUGAUUUGAAAUUCGAGGCCUCACUUUGUGGUCAUGAACUUAAGGUGGGUAUGGGUUUGGUUGCUGCUGCUGAGGUUUUUGAAGCACAUCGAAUAUCUGUGGAGGAUUUUAGAAGUUCAGCACCAUCAAUAAUUAAGAAUGAAAAUCUUGUUCUGAAGAUCAGAGAGAGUUAUCUGCUGUGGGAAAAGGCUGCUCCUCUUGUUCUUGGAAUGACUGUAUUUGGUUUAGACUUGCCUGUUGAUCCCAAAGAUACAAUUCCCGUGGGACAGGACGAUGCAGUAAAGGCCACAGUUGACAAUCCUGGACUAGCUUCAUCUAGACGCAGAUGGAGACUUUGGCCUAUUCCUUUUCGAAAAGUCAAGACACUUGAGCACGCUAAUAGUGAUGUAUCAAGUGAGGACAUAUUUUUAGAUUCCGAGUCUGACUGGCAAACUUCUGUUGUCGAGCCAUCUCCAACAUCUGCUAGGCGUGACUCUCCUCGCAAGCAAUUUGUGAGGACAAAUGUACCCUCUAAUGAGAUGAUAGCGUCCUUAAAUCUCAAAGAUGGUCAAAAUUUAGUAACCUUCAGUUUCUCCUCCAGGGUUCUUGGAACACAACAGGUUGAUGCUCAUAUAUACUUAUGGAAGUGGAAUGCAAAAAUUGUAAUUUCAGAUGUGGAUGGAACUAUUACCAAAUCUGAUGUUUUGGGGCAGUUCAUGCCUUUAGUUGGCAAAGAUUGGACACAAUCUGGAGUGGCAAGGCUUUUCUCAGCUAUUGAAGAAAAUGGGUACCAGCUACUGUUUUUGAGUGCUCGUGCUAUUGUCCAAGCUUAUCUAACCAGGAAUUUUCUGCUUAACCUGAUACAGGAUGGAAAGACCUUACCGCAUGGACCUGUUGUUAUUUCACCUAACGGAUUAUUUCCCUCUCUUUACCGAGAAGUAAUAAGAAGAGCUCCUCACGAGUUCAAGAUUGCUUGUCUAGAGGAUAUCAAAAGACUUUUCCCUUCUGAUUAUAAUCCCUUUUACGCGGGGUUUGGCAACAGAGACACGGAUGAACUUAGUUACAGGAAGAUAGGAAUUCCAAAGGGAAAAAUAUUUAUUAUUAAUCCCAAGGGUGAGGUGGCAAUAAGUCAUCGUAUUGAUGCAAAAUCUUACACAUCAUUACACACACUCGUCGAUGACAUGUUCCCUCCUACUUCUUUGGUCGAGCAGGAGGACUUCAACUCAUGGAAUUAUUGGAGAAUGCCUUUUCCGGAUGUUGAUUAGUUCAAUGCUCAAGGUAUUUAGUUCCUUUUUUGACAAGGAUCCGUUGGUAUGGGACCAUCCAAGAUGUUAAUCGAUAUGCUACAUGUCCUUUCUACUUGGCACAAAACUGUGACAUGAUUGGAAAGUGUCCUACUACACGGGAAUUCGAUGGUGGCAUAUAAUACAAGUUCUCCUAGAACGUUAUUCAAUGUGCUGAUCACACUUUUUCUUUCCUUCUUUUUAAUCUUCAUUGAAUCUUGAUUAAUUAUAACCCAUUAAUCAAUCAACCACAUUGUAUAACUUUUGGUUUACAUGCAUUAUACCAAUUCUUUACUGACCAAAUAAUGUUAGUUUGUCCAGCCCAACAUUUGUACAAUUAUUACUCACGUAGUCAAAAAGCAGAAGUUAAUCAAAAUCGUUGUUGAUUUUUCUUUUUAUGUAAUUUUAAUUACGAGUUUUA